AUGAGCUACAUGAAAAAAGACGAAGAUGCGGAUCAGGUCAUGAUCAAGCUUGAUCGGACCUCCGUGUUCCAAGAUGCCCGACUGUUCAAUUCCUCUCCCAUCUCGCCGCGAACAUGCCGCACAUUAUUGACCAAGAUCGCGGUCCUCGUUUUCACCGGAGAGCAGUUCCCCACAAACGAAGCCACCACUCUCUUCUUCGGCAUCUCUAAGUUGUUCCAGAACAAGGACCCCUCGUUGCGACAGAUGGUCUACCUCAUCUUGAAGGAGCUGGCUGGUACUGCUGAGGAUGUGAUCAUGUCGACUAGCAUUAUCAUGAAGGAUACCGCGGUCGGGAGCGAUGUUUUGUACCGGGCCAAUGCUAUCCGAGCACUCUGUCGGAUUAUUGAUGCCUCUACGGUGCAGGGUAUCGAGCGACUCAUCAAGACCGCCAUUGUCGACAAGACCCCCUCGGUGUCCUCCGCAGCCUUGGUCUCUUCGUACCACCUCCUUCCCAUUGCGCGCGACGUGGUCCGGAGAUGGCAGAGCGAAACCCAGGAGGCUGCCUCGUCUGCGAAACAAUCGACCGGAUUCCUUGGCUUCUCGUCUAGCUCGCAGACCCACGCCAUCUCCCAGUCGAACUACAUGACCCAAUACCACGCGAUUGGUCUUUUGUAUCAGAUGCGCUCGCACGACCGCAUGGCGUUGGUCAAGAUGGUGCAGCAGUACGGAGCGGCGGGAGUGGUCAAGAGUCCGGCAGCGCUUAUUCUCUUGGUGCGACUGGCGGCCAAGUUGGCCGAGGAAGACCCCGGUCUCCGCAAACCCAUGGUGCAGAUGCUGGAUGGCUGGCUCCGUCACAAGCACGAGAUGGUCAAUUUCGAGGCUGCCAAGGCCAUUUGCGACCUGCGCGAUGUCACCGAUGCCGAGGCUUCGCAGGCCGUCCAUGUCUUGCAGCUGUUCCUGUCCUCUCCGCGGUCCAUCACCAAGUUCGCGGCCAUCCGAAUCCUCCACAAUUUCGCCUCGUUCAAACCGCAUGUCGUCAACGUGUGCAACCCCGAUAUCGAGUCGCUCAUCUCCAACUCCAACCGCUCCAUCGCUACGUUUGCCAUCACCACGCUGCUCAAGACCGGCAAUGAAGCUAGCGUUGACCGUCUGAUGAAGCAGAUCUCGGGCUUCAUGGCCGAUAUUACCGACGAGUUCAAGGUUACUAUUGUCGAGGCUAUCCGCACUUUGUGCCUGAAAUUCCCCAGCAAGCAGGCUGGCAUGCUCACGUUCCUGAGCGGCAUCCUGCGGGACGAGGGUGGCUACGAGUUCAAGCGCACUGUUGUGGAGAGCAUGUUUGAUCUGAUCAAGUUUGUUCCUGAAAGCAAGGAAGACGCUCUUGCCCAUCUCUGUGAGUUUAUCGAGGACUGCGAGUUCACCAAGCUCUCCGUCCGGGUCUUGUACUUGCUCGGUGCCGAGGGCCCCAAGACAUCCCACCCCACCAAGUACAUCCGCUAUAUUUACAAUCGUGUCGUUUUGGAGAACGCCAUUGUCCGUGCCGCUGCUGUUACUGCAUUGGCCAAGUUUGGUGUUGGCCAGAAGGACCCCGAGGUCAAGUCGAGUGUCCAGGUGCUCCUCAGCCGCUGUCUUGAUGACACCGACGAUGAGGUGCGGGAUCGUGCCGCUCUUAAUUUGCGGCUGAUGGGCGAGGAGGAUGAAGCCGCAGGCGCUUUCAUCAAGAACGACUCCAUGUACUCUCUUUCAACCUUUGAACACCAGCUCGUCAUGUACGUGACGUCGAAUGACAAACAGACUUUUGCGGCCGCCUUCGACGUUUCUACUGUUCCCGUGGUUACCCAAGAGCAGGCUCUGGCCGAAGAGAGGACCAAGAAGCUCACCACGGCCACCCCCACCCUCAAGGCUCCGUCGACCGCCCCCUCCAAGGGCAAAGCGAAUGGCGUGGCCGAAGCGGCUACGGCUGCCGCCACCCAGAAAUACGCCGAGCAGCUUAUGCAGCACCCCGAUCUCAAGGAAUACGGUACUUUGCUCAAGUCCUCGGUGCCGGUCGAGCUCUCCGAGAGCGAGACCGAGUAUGUCGUUACGGCCGUCAAGCACAUCUUCAAGGAACACAUCGUUGUGCAAUAUGAUAUUAAGAACACGCUCCCGGAUACUGUCUUGGAGAAUGUCACCGUGGUGGCAACGCCGGCAGAGGAUGAUUUGCUGGAGGAUGACUUCAUCAUCCCGGCCCCCAAGCUCUCGCCUAACGAGCCGGGUGCCGUGUAUGUUGCGUUCAAGAAGCUUGGCGGCGAGAACAGCGUCCCGGUCACCUCGUUUACCAACAACCUCAAGUUCACCAGCAAAGAGAUCGACCCUACGACAGGCGAGCCCGAAGAGAGCGGCUACGAGGACGAGUACCAGGUUGAGGACCUCGAGCUCACAGGCAGUGACUAUGUCAUCCCCACGUUUGCCGGCAGCUUCGACCAUAUCUGGGAACAGACUGGGGCCAACGGCGACGAAGAGAGCGAGACCCUGCAGCUCGGCAACGCAAAGGGCAUUUCCGAUGCCACGGAGCAACUCAUCUCCGCAUUGUCCCUGCAACCCCUCGAGGGCACCGACGUCGCCCUCAGCACCAGCACGCACACGCUCAAGCUGUUCGGCAAGACCGUGUUCGGCGGCCGUGUCGCGUCUCUUGUCAAAAUGGCGUACUCGAGCCGGAAUGGCGUUGCUAUCAAACUCACCGUCAGGGCCGAGGAGGAAGGCGUUGCUGCUGCUGUGAUUGCUUCUGUUUCUUGA